UGCUCACCUUCAAAUCCACCAUGAUGUCCACAGCCCACAGGUGAUUUGACUAACCAGUUUCCUCGUUUGUGUUCAGCUAUUCAAAUUCACAGUCUGUUUAGAGAGACAGGCAGCGGACAGGGACAGUUGAGCCUCACAAAGCAUGAAAAAGUAAAAAGCUGGGACAUUAACCUCAGCUCAAACCCAGGGACUGACAGAGAUGUGUGGAAAAAGAGAAGACGACCAGCAGUGGUGACGGAGAUCGGACAGCUGAAGAGAGUCAGGAGACAUCGGAAAGAGAGGAUCAGUGUGUUGAGGACUACAGCCUCAGUUUACGGGCGUCUGCCUAACCAGCUGAGCUUUACCUGUGCCAGAAAGAUACAACAAAGAUUUGAGUUUUGGAGACUGAGGCUGGAAACUCUUCAUUGUAUCUCUGUCCCUGCAGACCACUGAAGGCUCAACAUCCUCCAUCCAGUGGUUUUUUUUUUUAUUUGAGUUCUCCUGCACUGGUCAUGAAUCCCUACAGAGACACAGUCCUGAACUCUCUGAGCCUCCCGUCAUAUUCUCCCCCUGACUCUCAUAACUCCCAUGAUUCAUCAGCCAUGUCACCGUCUCCUCCAGCCACCCAGACAGGUCAGCGCUCUGUGUCAGAGUUGAGUUAUGACUCUCCUCCUCAUGUUGCCCCCUCAGAACAAGAUGGAGGUCAAAGCAUGGUCUCAGACUCCUCUGACUCGCCUCUUCCAGCCUCAGAUCCAGUCUACAGUCUCACAUCCAGGCUUCAGUCGAGCCUAGCCGCAGAAUUAAACCCUUACCCUGCCCCCGACACGCCCCACUCCUGCCAGGUCUCCGUCAUCAUCCCAUCCCCAGACCUGGACCAGUCUCCGCUCCAGUCUCACUACGCCGAUGACUCUGGCCCGGACCUGGAGUGUUCCAUCUGCUUCAGUCAGUUCAACAACGUCUUCCAAUGUCCCAAGAUGCUUCAGUGCAAGCACACAUUCUGCCUGGAGUGCUUGGCUCGCAUCAACGUCAAGUCAGCUCAUCCCAACACCAUCCAGUGUCCACUGUGCCGCAGCCUCACGCCCCUGCCCGACCUCGGCCUGCCCAAGCUGACCACCGACUCCAACGUGCUGUCCUACCUGCCGGCCGCCAUGCAGAGGGUCUACAGCAUCCGCUUCCUCCGGAACAAAGGGAAGCUGCAGGUCAAAAGGUCAUGUGACAGUCAGCGGCGGUGGGGUCCCAGAUCAAUGAACCCUUCCCUGGAUGUGGGGCUUCCCAGCCCGCCUGCAAGGGGUCAAAGCGGCAGCCAAUCAGGCGGUGUGGGUGAAGCUCUGUUCAGGCUGACGGGCCGGCCAGUGUGCAGAGCUUUCCUCCUGACAUCUGUGGUGUUGAUGAUGGCGCUGCUGACGGGCAUCAUCAUCUUCCUCCUCACCUUCAAGGACCCAAACAGUGAGUGACCUCACUUCCUGUUUAGGAAAAAAAGAAACCUUCAACAUUUAAAGGGGACUGUGGCUCUAAGUCUAAGGAAUGAGCAGCAUCAGACUGACUGCUGCGGCUUAAAGAUGAACUGAUCCAGACGUGAAAUCAGUCAUAAACUCUGGGAGAUCUGAUGUUGAGCACAGAAGGAAGAAGAAUCAACACGCUGGUGGAACUGCCAUGGACUUAAUUCACCUCAUAACAUUUAACCUGCAAUAAAAACCUCAGAGGAGUCAUGCAGAGGUUUGAGAAUAUAGACUUCAGAUUUUAAUGGCGGUCCUGUUGAAGAUGGGUUGGCAAAGUAACUGGACAAACAAGAUAUUUUAAUAUUCUUAGCAGUUCUUAUCUUGUAUUUGAAGCCUUCAAUGAUUAGCUGUUAAAAAAUGUCAGAGCCUUCUGCUCAUUUUUAUGUUCAAAGAGUGAGAGCAGCGUAAACGGUGGACUUGGAUCUGUGACACGGCUCUUCAAGCUUUUAUUGUUCUCUGCAAUUCCCCAGCAGGCUCCAGCACAACCUGAAGUUACAGAUUUAAAAAAAAAGUGCUCUCUGUCUUUCUGAAAGCUCCGCUCGUCUUCCUCGUGUCAGAGCAGCAGCUCUUCCCUCAGUUAUAACCAAAUCCUGUAAACAGGAAUCAUGCAAAUGAUGUGACACAGCGUUCCACAGCGAGCGCUCACACAGAGCAGAGGCCGCCACAUUUACAUAGAUGCUAAAGCGCUGAUAGAGGACCAUUUUCUUGCAAAAGUUAUAUAACAUUUUUAAAAACUCAGACACUGCAGGAUUGUUUAAAGGCUUAGUACAUCCAAAUUAUAUGAAUAUACUAUUCCAGUUAAAGAGGAACUCCAGUAUUUUUAAACUAAGGCCGUGUUUUUACAUCUUAGGUUAUGGAAAUGACGAGUGGAUUCUGUCUGCUUUGGAAUCAGUCGAACGGAGCUUUACGGCUGUUUGGGCUGCAAGAAACGUCCCCUGGGGGUGCUUCUUUCCCUCUAAAGCUCAGUUCAGACAAAAGAUUUGCAGUGAGACGAAUUGAGUCAUGCAACUGCCUGCGUCAGGCCGCUCUACGACUUUCUGAAAGCUUUUCAGUUCACACCACUGCAACUGGGGGAGACGAUGCAUUGUUUCCAUAGCAAACACUUGCAAUAAAUCUCUCUACAGUUAUGCUCAUAAACUGAUCCCUCAGAAAUGCUUCACUAGUCCAGUCUUCGUGUAGCUAAGAUAUCUGCCGAGAAUAAAGCUCCUGCAGCCUCUGGUUGCUCAUGUUUUGCAUUUAUAGUGUUGCACGUCCUGUUAAUGUGUGCAACUGAUACAGGAAUGUUUACAGGCUGAAGUUUCUGUUUGAUAAGUAAAAAUAAAUAAUGUGAUUCACAGCAUGAUUUUAUCCAACAAAAAUAUUCUACUUUUGCCAUCCAUAAGCCUUUCAAAAAAAAGACUUCUUUUUCCCUUUUCACAUGUAUCUGCUUGCAACUUCCUGUAAGCUGAAUCACAGAUACGGCAUCAGACGGCCUGAUCCAAGCUGCAACCAUCGCCAGAAAUGCUAGAAACUGUCUUGUUGCGUUGCAAGUCUUUGGUCUGAACUGGGCUUAAAGGAUUCUCUUUAUAACACGAGUCCAUCAAACACCUAAACAUGCUGGAUGAGGGCAGAGAUCAGGAAAAAAACACUGGAAUCAUCCUUUACUCCUAGAGACGGUUUAGUCAUAGUUUUGGUGUCACGUGUUCACAUUUUUAAAAGAUUUUACAGUAAAUACUGCCCUCCAGCCAACACUAUACAAGCAUCAGGAUGCUCGAUUAUCCCCAUCAAUAAUUCAUUCUACAGAGGACAGACUUUUCUGAACGCUUCCUCCACAGUAGUCAUGCUGUAGUUUUUAUGUGACUGUCUAAAAUAAUGUCAGUUAUGCUUGAAGUGAAGAUGUGGAGGAAGAUUAAACUAAAAAAUGUCUGCUUGUAGACUUUUCAAAGGUUAAUUUCUCACAAAAACUUAGUCCCAGUCAGUUAAAUCGGUCUUAGGGUGUUCAGCCAAUCAGCUCGUCUGUUUCCUGCUGUCAGUGGUGUCCCUGAGUGCUGCACGGGUAUCAAUACUCAGGGAGCGUGUGUGAUCCAGCUGACGCCUUUUACAUAAGGAGAUGGAUCAUGCUUUACCGGACCAGUGAAAACAUCCUUAACAGCAACUCAUGACAAAAAUCCUGAAUUUGUUUACAGAAAUGCCAACAAGCAAAACUUCCUCCAAUACUUUGACUUGUAAAUAAGAGACGGCCGCCAACAUGCCGUCAGAAACUCUAUCACUAAAACAUCUAAUGCACUAACACGGCUGUUUAAACUAAUACUCAGGCACCACAGGAUUUAGUCCAACAUUUAUCCUCUUUCUUUAGUUUAAGGCCCUGACUGGUUUUAAAGUGCAAUGAAAAAUAAAUAAUUUUAUGUAUUUAUAGAACUUUUUAAGCUCUGUCACUAUGUUUGCCUCAUGUUUAACUUGAAUAAAUUGCAUUUUGAAUAAAAAGGGUUUGUCUUUUUUUAAACAAAGCAGAGGGAAGACUGAGAGCGGUUAAACUUUUCAGAGACGCUACAGAAAGUUUUAUUUUUAGACUUUUGGCAGCUUUUGAAACUGCAGACAGCUGAAUGCAAAUUAAUUCUGGGUUGGAACAAAAUUUCUAAACCACACAAACUCAUUCAGUGGUUUAGAAACGAGAAUGUAAAAAGCUCUUUUUUUUCCUGUGAUUAUGGAGAAAUUAAACUUCCAUGUAUUCUAGAUUUAUCUCAUACAAAGUGGAAUAUUUCAAGACUUUUUUGCUUAAAUGUUGAAGAUUACAGCUUUAGUCCAAAAUUAGGAUUUAUAGUAUAGAAAUGUUGACCAUCUUGCAAAUUAUACUCGUAUACAGGUGCAUAUUAAAACAUUCCAAUAAAAU